AUGUAUUUCAACUCAGCAAUUCGGACGCAAAUUUCGUCCUGUCCGAAAUUGGCCUACUUUAAAAUCCCGCCCCUCGCGUUGGUCGUCUACGUCUUCCUUUCCACCUUCAUACACCUCCGAUACCUGCAACUUCCUAUCCACGCCAUGUCUGUGAUUGUCUUCGGCCCAACCGGCAGUGUCGCCUCAGUCGUGGCCCAGACUGCCCAGGAAAAUGGCGCCACAGUCUUCCUCGCCAUGCGCGACACCCAGAAACCCGUCCCCGGCCUCACCGCAGAGCAGGAAAAGGCCGGCAAGUACAAGAGAGUCCAAGCAGACCUGGCCGAUCCCGACUCCGUCGCUGCUGCUAUCAAGGAAUCCGGCGCGAGGCGUGCAUUCUUCUACCGCGCACACACCACGGACAAUAUGCGCGGAACCCUGACUGCACUCAAGGACGCCGGCGUGGAGUUUGUUGUUUUCCUUUCCAGUUAUACCAUCGCCGGGGACCCGCGGGAUGUCGAGCCCAGUGAUCUGAUCCCUUUCAUCCAUGCACAGAAGGGGAUCAAUGAUGGCGCUGUGGACCUGUACGCGCCGGACUUCAAGUUCGAUUGCAUCACCCCUGGCGACAUGGGUGCUGUCGGUGGAAAGAUCCUGGUGAAUGGGCCUCGUAACGGGCAGCGCAAGGUGUACCUCUAUGGCCCUCAAGUCCUAGGGCAAGCAGAGGCCAUUCUGGCUAUUGGCAAGGUUCUCGGCAAGACGGUGAAAAUCGGGGCUCUGAGCGAGCAGGAGGCUCUGGAUGAGUACGUUCAGACAGGCAUUCCCAAGCCGCUGGCUGAGUAUCUGGUGAAGAAGUCUGGGGCGGCGAAUGAGGCGGGGGGCCGUGCUCACUAUGAGGAGGGCGUCCAGAACGUGCAGCUAUACACGGGCAUGCCUUCUCAAUCUUUGGAGGAGUGGGUGGCGGAAAGCAAGGCACGGUUUGCUUAA